ACUGCUUAUUCCAAACUUUAAACCAAUGAUAAUUAAUGUCGAAAUCCAGUUAAACAUAAACAAUUAGGGACGAAGCAGCUGUUAAAGAAGAGUUAGUAUAAAGUAAUGUUCAAUUAUUUAAGAAAUUUGAUCUUCUGUGUUUUUCUGACAAACCACAAUAAGUAUUGGUCUUCAGAGUUUGACAGCGGUAAACAAAGUUUCAAGGACAGCGAUAAACUAUUAAAAGCUAACUAAACUAUAAGAAACUGUAUUUACAUUAUUUUAUCAAUCAAAUUAUUAUUUUUUGAAUUUAAAUUAUAUGUAAUUUAUCAUCUUUAAAAUAGUUUAAUAUUGAGAAAUAAUGAACAUUUACCAAUCUUGUCAAAAAGCAUGGAGACUAAAGCAUGUAUGGAUAAAUGCAAGGUAAAAGAAGAUAAUAGUGCAAGAUAUAAAUGUGAAUACGAUGGGUGUGAGAGAACAUACAGUACAGUUGGUAAUCUACGAACCCACUUGAAAACACACACAGGCGAGUACAGGUUCACAUGUCCGAUGCCAUCAUGUAAUAAGGCGUUUCUCACAUCCUACAGUCUCAAGAUUCAUGUGCGAGCCCACACGAAGGCAAAACCAUUUGCAUGUAAUAUGGGAAAUUGUAAUAAGGCAUUCAACACUCUAUACAGAUUGAGAGCUCACCAAAGAUUACACAGCGGUGAUACAUUCAAUUGCAAGGCUGAGGGUUGUACGAAGUUCUUUACGACGCUAAGCGAUUUGAAAAAACACAUACGAACACACACACAGGAGCGGCCGUACAAAUGUGGAACAGAAGGUUGCGGUAAGUCAUUCACCGCGUCUCACCAUUUGAAGGCACAUGCGCGUACGCACACGGGCUCGAGGCCGCACGCGUGCGCCGCGCCAUCUUGCGGAAAACACUUCGCAACGCCCACUAGCCUAAGAGCCCAUGCUGCUAAACAUCAGACGGAAAGUGAGCCGCAACCAGUUAAAGUAAAUCCCCUUCCGGGUAAACCUCCAGAUGGUAUGAAUUGGGAUAGCCUCCUCGAAUCUUUCGGAAAAAUCACCACAGAGUCCAACUCUACUGACGGCAGCCUAGACGAUAUUAACCCUCUCUCUAACAACGUCGACAUUACCGAACUACUUUUUGACAACCCUAACGAUAACGCUAACUACGACAUCACUAAUCUUGACCUAAUUCCCUUCGACGAUAAAACCAAGAAAAUCGACUGGAAUAAAAAUAUGGACAUCAAACCCAAAGCGAUGCAAUUAGCCCUAGCCAACGAAGUGGAACUGCAGGCACCGUGGAUUGACGUCACAGCUUUAGCGGCUUCCAUACAAGAAACUCCAGUCAGCAUCAAAGAGAAAACACCAGAAAAUAUAUUCACCCUUGCCACUUUUGUCCCCACACACAUGCAAAGUUACAUAGACCUUAAUUCAGAAGUUCCUACAGCGAAUGUCGAAACUUUCGAUCUAGAUACGCCUAACAUACUAGACGUCAGCGAUAAAGUGUUUAAUGACAGUGAAUUGGUAACAAACUUCGAUCAUCCAACGGAAAUAGAUUUUCUUAAACCCGGCCCUUCGAUUGACAGAUCUCUAAAUACGCCACCCCCGAAAGUUCAGCACAAUAUUGAAGUAAAUCCUUCCAAUUCUGUAUUGUUUAAUACGGAUCUCGCUUUAGAAGACACUCUUCUAUUCGACAAUGAACCCCCAUCCGAUAUGUAUGUGGUUAGGACAGAGAAUAUAUUCGGCAAACAGAAGAGGAAUGCUCUAGAACAAUUAGCGGCCGAUGCAGGCAUUUGUUCCUGCGUCGAUUGUAAAUGCGAUCCCAAUGGUAAUUGCUCUAACGACGUAAAAUCAAUUAGCAAAGAUUGCUGUGAAGAUAAAUGCUCAUGCGUGAACUGCAAAUGCAAUCACGCCGAAAUGAAAUGCGCAGUUGGAUGCGGUAAAGCCACAGAUACAAACCACAACACGUUCCUAGAUUAUCAUAAACGUCAUAAUAAUUCAAAUUUAGAAGAGUAUGGAGUCUAUACGCACGAGUGUUACGAUGACACACCGGCCAGUGUCGCCGAGAGCUUAAAGAAGUUGACAUGUUCUUGUGAUACAGAUAAUAACACCUGCUGUCAAACCAAUGAUAAAAGAGAUAAAAAAUCUUGUUGCGUUACUAUUUGUAUUAAAAAUGUGGAGACAUUUAAACGUUUUCUUAAUAAUGAUUUGUUAACUGCUUUGAAGCCACCAAGUUUUAAUAUGACAACGAGUUAGCUUUUCAUAGUAAUGUUUAUGCAUUUAUUUGUGUACUUAUAUGUUUUUGUGUGCAUACAGAAAUUGCACUAUCUGGUGCUGUACAUUAGAAUCUAAGAACUAUAGCUUUAUAAUGAAUUUAAAGUUAUUAAUAUUUUAUGUAUUGUUAAAAAAUUAUAUAUUGAAAUUUUAUAUCAAAAGUGAUAUUAAACCACAUUUUAUUAAUAUAUUUAAAAAUAAUUUUAAAUGGUGCAAUUAAUAUUUAUAAAAAAACAACAACCAAAGAUGGUAUAGUAUUAAAUAAUAAUGUACAAAACUAUGGUAUUUAAAGUAUGUUAGGGCAUAAAAUAAAUUUUAUUCAUGUUAUAAAAUUAGGUAAGAUAUUUUUGUAGUAAUCUUGAUAUAAAGUAUAUAUUUUAAUAUAUGUAUAAUACGAAACUAAUGUGCCAUCACAAUUUUU